GAUGGUGAGGGACACGGCCUCGAGGACAUCGCCCACCUCUCUGCUCUUAGUUGGCAGCGACAAAUCCACAAUCACCAGCACAACGUCCACUAUGAUCAGGAUGACUCCGAAUAUACUGGAGGGGAAAGACUGAUUUCGCUGGAGGUUUCUUCUUCUGAGAAGUCAUGUCAGUGUUUCUGUUGUUGGCUCUGGUGUUGAACACGGCCUCUUCUGCCCAGUUAUCAACAGACUGGUGUGGGCCGGAGGUCACAGCUCUUAAACGCAGCAUAAAAAGGCUGGAGAAUAGCCUGCUGAUUGUGACUUGGCAGGUUGAGCACUUGCAGACGCACAAAUAUUUCCUUCCAUUUCGACCUGUGCUGCCUGACGCUGGAGCUGAAGCUGACAAAGCCUCUGGUGCAAACCACAACGGCAGUGCGACGCUCGACAGCUCUAAUACGACACUGAUGAAACCACUUCCACCAGCAGGCAACAUCAUCGUACACGACAGGGAUUGUUCUGAGCUGUUCAACAGACUGAGACCCCCAAGUGGAUUCUACAGGAUCAGACCCAAGUCACACCAGGACCCAUUUCUGGUUUACUGUGACAUGGAGGAUGGAGGAGGAUGGACAGUGUUUCAGAGACGCCGGCAUGGGAGAGUUGACUUCAACAGAGACUGGGUGGACUACAGAGACGGCUUCGGGGACUUCAAACUGUGGAACGAUGAGUUUUGGUUGGGGAACGAGCACAUGCACUCUCUGCUGUCAGAAGGUAAGAACCUGGUGAAGAUAGAUCUAAUGGACUGGGAAGGACAGAGAAGUCAUUCAUAUUACGAAAACUUCAGGAUCAGUGAUGAGGCGGAUAAGUAUCGGCUCCAUUAUGGGCAGUACAGUGGCAAAGCUGGAGAUGCUCUGACUGGUGGCGGUGGGGCGGUGCAGCAGUGGUCCGCUUGCCUCAGUGGUAUGCAGUUCAGUACGAGGGAUCAGGACAAUGAUCGCUACCUUCAGGGGAGCUGUGCCCAGGAGAACGAGGCAGGAUGGUGGUUUAACAGAUGUCAUGCAGCCGACCUAAAUGGGAAGUUCUACCGCUCUGGGAAGUACAAGAACCAGCAUGACAAUGGCGUGGUGUGGGGGACCUGGAAAGGUCUUUGGUAUUCCCUUCGGCACACCACCAUGAAGGUGCGGCCUCUGGUUUUCUUGGACGUGGAUGGCAGCGGAGCAGGGGAUAUUUAAAAAGACAACAGGCUUCAGAGUAUCAAGUGAAAAAAAAUAAGAGCAAAGACUGAUUUCAUGUUUAAAUUCUAUGUAUUUUAAUUUCUCCCUUUGUCGAAGUCAAUAGUAGAUUAUAAACAGUUCUAUAGUGGGCACCUCAUUUCUAUAAAGUGUAUAUUACUCCAGCAAUAAAAUUUAAAGCAUUUCA